ACAUAGAUACAUUGCAGUUUCACGAAGGGCACUUACAGACUUUCGUUCCCUACACUAAAUACGCAGUGGACCUACAGUUCUCUGCAUUUAAAAAACAAUGUUUAGAAUAUUGACGAAUUUAUUAGUGAUCGAAUUGGAAAUUUCUUUUGCUCAUUAAAGUACACAACGAAAAAUGGGAAAUUACGUGAGCAAAAUUGCAUCAAUGUCAAACAAUGCAGUGCACUCUGUAUACCGUGGUCGUAAACGAAAGUGCAUUGAGGAGGACGAACUUGAUUCUGAAUCAGAUUACAUUGAUCGGACGCUUCAAACGCCGAAAAAAAGAAAAUUACUGACAACGGCACAAUAUAUAUACAAAACUCUGUUCCAAGAAGAAAAGGGAAGUGAUAUAACUGUACUCAUGUUGGGAAAAGCAUGGAGAUUACAUAAAGUUUAUAUAAGUCAGCUCUUUUGACAGUCUUUGGUUCAUUUUACCAGGAUGAAGUCAGUUUAGAACCAAAAGAUGUCAUAUCAAUUUUGGCUACCUCUACAUUAUUUCAAUUGCAAGGAUUAAUUGAUCAAUGUACAGAUAUUAUGGUAGAGACAACAAAUAUAAAGACAGUUGUCCCUUACUAUAAUGCCGCUGUAUCUUAUGGUGUACCAGUAGUAAAAACUGCAGCAAAACGGUGGUUAGAAGUGAAUCUUUUAGGAUAUGGAUGGUUACAUCCUACUUUUUUAAAAGAGAUAACACCUGACUUGAUGGCUGAGUUAUUUGUUCAUGUACACAAUAAAGAAGAAACACUUCAAAUUGAUGAAUAUUUCAGAAAUCAUAAUUGGAUAAAACCAUUCCUUACAACAGAAGAAGGCAAAGAAUUUGCAGCACCUUUUAAAGCCCUAAGAAUGAAAUAUCUUUUACUACAUGAUCAGGAUGUAAAAAUUUUAUAUAGUGACAAUCUAAUACCACACGAGUGGUUGCAUAAUGCAUAUAAAGAGCAAUGGUUACAUUUACUAAGAAUAGAUGCAAAUAAAGAUCGAGGACCAAAACAAAUGAGUGAAGAAGAAUUCGCUCGAGAAUGUUUCCGUUGCGGAAGAUGCAUUGAAAAGGCUGGUGAGCAUAUUUGGAGAUGGACAGCAUUUCAUUUUGGAUUAGAUUUGGUGGUGUGCUUGGAUAGUACUACUUUGAGAAUUAAAAGGAAUCAUAGAUUAGAGACAGAUCAUAUAAAAGCUAAUCAUGGCAAGCACAAUAUAAUUUUAAAAAACAAGUAAUGUCCCUGGACAAACAACUUACUUAUCCUUUGUAUAUAUCAGUCAACAUGCAAGUAGUCACACCAUUUGUAUCAACAGAAGAGGAAAAAUCAGCUGAUAUAGUUAUAUUUUCAGAUACUUAGCACACUAAACAUUCAAUGUUUCCAAAACAUUCGAAUUGAAUUUAACGACGUACGCUUACCUCAGAUAAUAAUCCAGCUGUUCCAAUUUAUAAUAUCCAAGUACGACCAAGUACUAUAAAUUUUGUUAUUCACCCACGCGACGUUUAUAUUGUGGAGAUGCUAAUUUCUGAUUAAAACUUUUAUAAACUCAAGAAUUUCUAGUCGACUAAAUGGAAUUAAAAUAUUAGUAUAUAUGAAGAAAAAUUUCAUUUCUUCUCUUUGUACUUUUCAGAUAUAUCAUAAUUCAGAUACUUAUUUUUUCUAACUUAUUUUUCUAAAAUUUUUUUCUAAUUUAUUAUUUAUAAAAAUAUAUUUAGGCUGUUAAAAAAGUUGGCUAA